AUGGUUCCCCAUCCCUGGCACUGCCUGACCUAUUCCUUGCUUAUCUUGCCGCCUCUGUUGCUCACGACAUACCUUUUCGCCGCAUUUCCCAGCCCUCCAAGCUCAGUAUACCUCUAUCCGUCACUUUCCAGUCUACCACACGAAUGCCGGUCCUGGAAAAUCUACUCGGAAGACUACUAUUCAGGAGGAGCAUAUGUUGACUUUCCGUAUGGUAGAGUUCGAUACUGGCUAUUAGGUCCCGAGACUGGACGAAAGAUUGUCCUCAUACAUGGUCUCUCCGUUCCCUCACUCAUCUGGAAAGACAUAGCGCCACAGUUGGCCGCCCGCGGAUAUCGCGUUUUGAUGUAUGAUCUUUAUGGCCGUGGAUACACCGAUGCACCCCAAACCACAUACAAUACACAGUUGUAUACCACCCAGCUUGCACUCCUAAUGCAACACGUCAAAUGGGAUAAAGCAAUAGUGGUUGGUGUCUCAAUGGGAGGCGGCAUUGCCGGCGCAUUUACAGCUCAUUUCCCUCACCUUGUCGACGGAAAAGUGAUUCUCAUUGCAUCAACCGGGACUAUUGAGUCCAGUGACCUUCCCAGAACGCUCAAGUUCAUGUCCUCCCCAAUGAUCCAGAGUGUUACUUCAAGUAAACCGGUACGAAAAUAUCUUCAGAACUUGAUCCUGACAGAUUCUCCGUCACCUGCUGAGUCCGACCCACUGCAAGAGAUCGUUCGGAUACAAUCUGCACAUCUGCCGGGAUACAAUGCCGCUAUUUCUUCAUCUCUGCGGGACGGUCCCAUUCGGGGGUUAACGCAUGCUUUCAAGUCAGAUGCCUUCAGCGGCCGGGAUGUCCUCCUGAUACAUGGCACACGCGACCGAACUGUCCCAUACAAAUAUGCUUCCGAAAUACAAGCCCUCCUUCCUCCGGGUGCAAAGUCAAAGCUGAUCACAGUUUCAGACGGGGGCCACGACUUGACGAUAAGUCAUCCGGACCUAGUGCUAGCUGAGAUGGACAAAUUUUUGCUUUGA